CCAGAGUGUUUGGACGCAGCGGGUCCUUCAUGUCGGGGCUCUCCUCUUACAUUAUUCAUACGGAGGAGGAGGAGGUGUGACUUGUUGCCUCUCUCUUUCCCCCCCGCCUUUAUAAAACCAGAAGUUCGAGCACAAGAAAACUACAGAUGGAGAAGGCUGGCCGCCUCGCUGCGUCACAGAGAGUCCCCCUGAGCCCGCGCGACGACUCCCACACCGUCCCUGUCUGAGCACCGCGCCAUGCCCGCUCUCUGCGCGCUCUGCUUCGCCGUGGCGCUGGCCGCGGUCGCCCGGCUCGCCGGCUCCGUGGGGCCCGUGGUCCUGUGCGAGCCGUGCGACGCCGGCGCGCUGCUCCAGUGCAAGCCGCUGCCGAAGGACUGCGCGGAGGCGUUGAGGGAGCCCGGCUGCGGCUGCUGCACGACGUGCGCCCUGGCCGAGGGGCAGGCGUGCGGCGUGUACACGGCGCGCUGCGGCUCCAACCUGACCUGCAGGCACCAGCCCGGGGAGAGCCGACCCCUGCAGGCUCUGCUGGAGGGACGAGGGGUGUGCACCAGCGCUGCGUCCAGGAGGCUCCACGGCCCUCUCAUCACCGCGCAGAAAGCAGAAAGUGCCGGAAGUCAAGUGGAAGACUGCGACAACGCCACCCAGGCGACGCCGACCGCGCCCGCCGCGGUGACGGUGAAGAGCGUGCACGGCCAGGGGUCGACCAACACCCGGCCGCCGGUGAACAACAAGCUGCUCCAGAAGGCUCAGAACAGGAAGACGCAGAGCUACAAGGUGGAGCCCGUGUCCAGAGGCGCCAACGUGGACACGCACAACUUCUCCCUGGAGAACAAGAGGGAGACCGAGUAUGGGCCGUGUCGGCGGGAGAUGGACAGCGUCAUGAACAGUUUAAAGAUCAACAACUUUCUCAACCCGAGAGGCUUCCGCAUACCCAACUGUGACAGAAAGGGCUUCUACAAGAAAAAACAGGAAGAGAAAACAGAGGAAACCAGCAGCUUCUGAGAACGAUGGCUCACCAGGAACUGAAGGGAUAAUUGGAAAACACCUUUUGUGCGACUUUGUUUGUUUUUAUUUCUGUGAAUUCGGGGUAAAGAGGAAGCAAACAAAGCACCACUGUAAUCCUUUCAUGUACGCAGACGUGGAAAAGGAAAAUAAAAUUUGCUUUGUUGCAUUAAAUAAUUUUUUUAAAACAAAAGUGGACACGAGUGUCUACAUUUAAAUUCAUUAACUUCACUUUAUGGAACUGGGUUUAUUAAAAAAUACCUGCUUCAUUUGAUUCAUUUGAGUUGCUCACGUUGCGCACCCCGUCCCCGCUCCCUGCCAUCAAAAAAACAACGUCUGAGAUAAAGACCAAGAAUACUGCCACAACUACAGACCGAUCUCGGUGCUAAAUGUGGACUAUAAACUGUUUCCCUCUAUCAUAGCUAAAAGAAUGGAAUAUUUAAUGCAGGAUUUAAUUGAUGAGGAUCAAACUGGUUUUAUUAAGGAAAGACAAACACAAGACAAUAUAAGGAGAACUCUUCAUAUCAUAGAUCAUCUGCAAGGAAGAGGGGAGGAGGUAUUGAUGCGGAAAAUGCCUUUGACAGUGUCAACUGGAACUUUUUGUAUAAAUUUUAGAAAAAUUUGGAUUUAACGAGACAUUUGUAAAUUGUAUUAAAUCAAUUUAUCAAGAGCCAACUGCAAGGAUUAAAAUAAAUGGCAACUUGUCAGGAAGAUUUACUGUGGAGAGAGGAACAAGGCAGGGAUGCUGCCUGUCACRGAGUCUUUUAUAGAGCCACUAGCUCCGAUGAUUAGACAGGAAGAGGAAAUAAAAGGAGUGGAAAUAGGAGGGGAAGAACAUAAAAUAGGGUUGUUUGCAGAUGACAUUUUGAUUUAUCUAAAAAACCCAAAUGAAAUGUUUU